AGCUGUCUGCGUUCUGGGUUUCAAAGUCAAAGUCACAUUCGAGUACCGUACCGUGAUAUUGAUAUCGGAGCCCCGGAUACUCGAGCCGUCGCGAUGGACCGGAGCGGUGCUGUCGAACUGUCACCGAUCGCAGUACCGAACGAUUACCAAGACAGAGGGGAGACCAAAACAGAAGACGCUUACGAAACGCUACAGGUUAAUAACCCAGCGGGGCGGAAAGCUCGGACACUGACCAGCCGGUGGGGAGAUGCUUACAGGAGCUGUGGAAGGAGGGCUGUGUGUUUGCUGCUGAUGGCUGUCAAUGCCGGACUCCUGGGAUCCAUCCUGAUCAUCGUUUCUCUCCACUAUUCUCACACUGCCAGGGGUCUGCCCAGCUCAGCUGCUUCACAGCACGGCUGUCAGUCCCUUGAUGAGUGCUGGCUCCUGCACCAGGAGAAGCUCUAUUAUCUCUCCACUCAGAAGGGAAGCUGUGAGUUUGCCAGCCACUUCUGUGCCCAGAGGCAAUCAGUCCUGGCUGCGGUUGGGCAAGACAGAGAGGGCUUCUUGGCAUCUAGAACUGGGUCUCGGUCGUUCUGGGUGGAGCCCUCUGGAGGUGAAGAGUACACAGACUUAACAUUUGAAUCUUCUGGGGACAAUUUGGAGGAUCUGUUUCCUAUAGACCAGGAGUGGGAUUGGAUGCUCUCAGAUCAAUCCUGCCCUUGUGCUUUGCUGUCUGAAGGUGGAGUUCACUCAGCCCAGCACUGCCAGGAAGAAUUCAACUGGAUCUGCCAGAGAGCUUGACAGGGUUUAAAAUCCAGGUUUAUCACCGGCCAGCUAAAACUCCUCAGGACCCGGAACUCUCGUCACCUUCCACAAAAGGUGGACGAAUUCGAUUCUGUCUGAAAAAAAUAACGUAGUUACUCUUAGUUACAUUUUAAAAAGGACUGCGGCUAACGCGUGAAAUCAGAAAGCGAGAGUCGAGCCUCCCGCGUCACACGAACGCGCGUUUCAGAUCAUCUCGCUACAGGAGGGGAGGAGCGGGUUCGAUAGCCGGGUCUUCAGAGAAUAUUUUCAGCUGCAGCCUGACCAAACUGGAAAAAAAAAAAAAAAAAAUCUCUCUGUAAAAU